ACGUUCAAAUGAAUAAAUAGUGUAAAUGAAAUGUAAUUCCUAAUGGUUUAAAACGAUAAUUAUUGUUACAUUUCAUUGCCAUAAAUUUUUAACGCUACAUAUUGAAAAUGGAAGUAAUUCAUGAAUCUUUACAAAGCUCAAUCCAUGAUCUUCCCGAUGAGGUGUUGGAGUUUAUUAUGGGAUUUUUACCACCUUACAAGGAUUUGCAAAAUUGUAUGUCCGUAUGCUCGAGAUGGUAUUGCUGCGCUCAAAAUGUUCUACGAAAAACAUCAAUAAAAUUGGUAAAGGCUGUAGGGGAAUUCAAUAUACUUUGGAAGAAUAUUGUACCAACAGAAAUGGUACCCACAAUAACUAAAAGAUUUUCUCAUGCUGCCUGUGUUAUUGACAAUAGUAUGUACAUAUUUGGUGGAUGUACAACAAAUGCUACUUCAUUUAAUGAUUUGUGGAGGUUCGAUCUCUCCAAUAGACAUUGGGUGAGGCCUUUAGCAACAGGAACAUACCCAGUACCUAAAGCAUACACAUCAAUGGUGCAUUACAAAGACUGUUUAAUAGUUUUUGGGGGGUGGACAUACCCCUCUUUGUCUCAAUACUAUCAAAAUGUCACAAUGUUCAAUGAGAUCCACUUUUACUCCGUAGACACCAAUAAGUGGAUGCUGAUAAAUGCAACAAACACACCUCCUCCAAUGGCUGGACACUCUGCUUGUGUGAAAGGUGAUGAGAUGGUAGUGUUUGGAGGACUAGUGAUGUCAGCAGUACAGAAUUAUCAAAUACAGUGCUCUAAUGAUCUGUGGGUUUUAGAUAUACCAUCCCUUUCUUGGAGGAAACAAGCUACUACAAAACCUAGACCAUCUCCGAGAUAUGCUCAGUCUCUUAUUACUUUGGACUCUGAAAGGUUGAUGCUUUUGGGCGGUGUUCAAACAUUACACAAUCGCUUCGUUUACAGUGAUUGCUGGAUACUAACUAUGAAAGGACCUGUUUGGACUUGGAAUGAAGUUAUUGUUAAAAAUAAAGAGUGGGCUUCAGCAAAUAUAUGGUGUAACCCUGCUUGUAGGGUUGGUGACAAAGUUGUAAGCCUAAGUAGAAGUAGAAAUGGAUGGAAUACUGCAAAACCCCUAGUUACUUCAGCAGUUCGCUUAGCAGCACUUAGUAGGCCUGAAGGAGCUCCAGUUUCUGUCAGAGUAGAACAAAGCUUACAGAGACCACUAGACAGGGACCAAAAUAUUAAUGGUCGUAGGGGAGUUUUGCCACGGCAGCCAAUAGCAAGGCAAGCUCAAAUUAACAACAGCAAUGAACCAGUGGCAGGCCCCAGCAAUGGACAACACUUACAAGGUCCAAGAAUUCCUAAUGAGAAUAUUAGUCCAGAAAGAGAUAAUGCAGUUCCGGGUCCAAGUUUUGAAAGAUCUGGCAGUGCUUUAGACUCUGCAAAACGAGAUUCACUGAGGCGUAAUAAAAAUAAGAAUAAGGGUAUGAAGAUUGUUCGACAAUUGCAAGAAGCUAACAAAUACAGGAUGGCUGCUUUUGCUUGUGACUCUUCAACAAAUAAUGCGGCACCUGAAAAUGAUCUCAUAAAUCAAAGGCAAAUAGCACACCUGGAAAACAGGAGAGAACCAGAACCAGAUCCCAUUCCCCCUCGGAGACAGCCUGCUGUAAAAAAAAUUAAAAGAAACACAUUAACAAUGCAUGUUCUAGACAUAUCAUCAGUGUUGGAUGGAAAUUCCUAUAACUAUGUGUCAUGGUUAUGUCCAAGACUGGGUGAAAUGAGAGGGGCACCUGAAGAGCUAGUAAUGUACUCAUUAGUAAAAGGCAAUGGGGAAUUAAUUAUGUUUGGAGGUGUUCAUAAUGAUAUUAGUAUUUUAAAUUACUCUGAGCACCAAAGUAUGUAUUCAAACUCACUUCAUUUCAUUGCCCCACCUAGAGACAUAAUAUGAACUAAUUGAUAGGUAUUAAAACUUAAAUCUGUGCAACAGAAAAGUUAAUUUCAAAUUUUUAAAUAAUUAAUAAAUAUCAUAGAAGAUUAUGUAAAUAAUAAUGUAUUUUUGAGGAUUUUGUAUAACCAUCCUAAACAUCCCAGCA